GUAGAUUUUGACUACAUUUGUAAGGAAAAAUCACGAUUCUACGUAGAAACAUUUUGGUGACCCAAAGAGGUAAAAACAUAAGUUUUUAAGUUUUAAAGCGCGAUUUUGACUACCAUGAUCCGCUCAGUCGCUGUUAUCAAUUUAGAGACGAGCAAAAAUACAAUUGAAGAAUUGAAUUGGACAGGAGAGAAUUGUUAUUUGGGCAAUUCAUAACACUUCACUAUCACCUCCGCAAUUCUCAUUUCAUUUCCGCCGUGUUCCAAACGCUCGGAUGAAGCCUCCAUUCCGAGUGGUUGCCUCGUUUAAGGUCGUGAGGAAAGGUUCUAGGUUCCAUCCAAACCUGUGAUUCAGCCUGACGAAGUUGCUCUCAAUGUGCCAUCAGAAAUUCCGAAGGCUCGUUGAUUGGCGUCAGAAAUCCGUCGUCGAAGAGAAGGGUUGAGCUAAUUUUCCUGUCAAUAAUCCACUUUUAUGGCAAUGAACUGAACUUGGGAGGGAGGGAAAAUGAAGGAGAAGAGGAGAAAGAACCAAAUUUGAUUGAUGUUCGUUUUUGCUCUUGCUUUAAUUGAAGCUACUGGUUCUUGGGUUGAGCUUACUUACUCUGCAGGAAAAAGGCAUGCUUUCUGAUUGCAAUUCGAUUCGACUAUAGGGAAGGCAGGUUGGCAGGUUUCUUCUAGGGAUAUUCCUGCUUAUUAGACUUUGGUUUUAAAGGAAUAGGGGGAAUGAAUACUGAAUAUGAGAGGUGGUGAUAGGUCUCUUUUGCUUGAUGUGGAAUGUUCUAUUCAAUUCAUGUAGUCAAGGUGUUUUGGUUAAAUGUGUUUAAGGAAUCUAUGGAAACUGUAGUACUCUCUGGUGUUGUCUUCGUGUAAGUGAAUGUGUGCUCUCCAGUAUGGGUGGUGGUGGUUGGAAAUCAGAGUUGUAAUACAUCUUCUCAGACAGAGCAAUGUCUUCUGAACUUUUUAAAGUUUUGAGACCUUUUUGGUCUCUGUCCCAUCUUUGAAUCAUUUAAUUGUAGAGCAUUUAGAUAAACAGGCACCACGAGUUCUGAUUUAUCGCUAAUGAUCGUAACUUUUGUAUGGUAUAGAUCACUGAGGAUGUAGCUAGCGUCUCAAGUGCGCUGGUCUCUGGUAGAGGAUUUAGUUGUUCUAGCCGUUUGGUCCUAUUGAUUCUCAGCUAAGCUGGAUGUUGCUGCUAUUCAUUAGUUCUGAAUGGUUGUUGCUGUUUCAUGUUUUCUCCAGAGGGUGAAGUUGCUCUCACGUUCGACCUCUAUCCAGGUAGAUAUUCCAUUGGAAAAACCUCAGAGGUGUGUUAAUUAAAACUGUCACAUAAAAGUUCCUCGGAGAUUUUGAAAAGCUAUAUUGUUCUUUUGUUUGAUUUGACUACAUUAGCCUAUGAUUUUUCAGAAUGAUGUUGCGUGGAGGGCUACCCUUGAAGAUGCUUUGAAGGUGCUGCAUCCAUAUGAUAGGGCCUCUGAAAAUAUAGUGUCCGUAAAGGACACCUCAUUGUUGAUUCUAGUGAACUGGAUAUUGAUAAUCUGUUAAUUAAAAAUUAGCAUCAUCUUGGAAUCUGACUUUCUAUUUGUGGAAGGGUCUCUCAUUAAGUAGGCUUCCCUUCCUCAGUAGAAAGACCAAUGCUGAACAUUGGCUCAAUCUGAUGCUAGAUCUAAAGCUCAUCAGAACUUGUUUUGUUGGCUAGUGUCUUUCUUUGGUAAAUUCCAUUUCACCUAAGCUAGUUUAGGCAACAUGGAAAAUGAUCAGUUGGCAGUAUAUGCAUACGUUUCUCGUUCUGCAUUUUCUUUAAACUUUCCCGCCUCCAUCUCUCCCUCAUUUAACCGAGUUCAUUGAUUUUCCAAUAUGUAUGAACCUACAGGUAAGUGAGUCUGGCCGGUUACCUGGAGAUAUUCUGAAUGACAUACCGUGCAAUUAUACCAGUGGAACUCUUGUUUGUGAGGUGAGUGUACCUUUUAGGUAUAUUACGUCUGUGCCAACAUUCAUGUGUGGACCAUUUAAUGAAAAUGGCUGAGUGUAUCCAGAAUGCUGUCAUGUUCUGCAGGUGCGAGAUUGUCGGAACUGUGCUAUUGAACAAGGUUCUGGUAUGCCAUCUCCUGGUGGGGGCCGUACCAUGUAUUAAGUGCACCUUGAGAUGUCAUUGAAAAAUGUGGUGAAUGAUGUCCCUCUGAUUUCAGAUAACUCCUGGACCUAUGGCGAUCUGAUGGACAUCGAAUCAAGGACAGUGGAGGCUUUCCAGCCGAUACUUUCUGUUGAUCCCACAACUGAACUGGAUAGGCUCUCUGUUAGUCCCUUCCAUUACCGGCUUAAUUUAAAUCUGAGUAGCCUACGGAAGAAAAGCUGGAGGCCGACGUCAAAUGUAACCGUGUUUUCUACAAACAGACUCCAUCGAAGAAAGUUUGCAUAGUCCAUGAAAGCUCCCGCAGCAGAUUUUCCGAGUCUGGCCAUAUGAUGCAGCAGCGUCAUGUCCAGGAGAAUCUGACGGCUCCAAAUCUUGCUCCAGGCGGCAUGCUAGGUGUUGGUCCAAGGAGCUCUCAAAAUGGCAAUGUUCAAUCAAUUCCUUUAUUUUCUCAACAGCAAAGGUAUCAAGCUGCAGCUACAAGUCGUAGGAGCAUUCAGGAUCAUGGCUCAGCAGGGCCUCCUGUAAAUAAUUUCCCCUGGCAGACAAGAAAUAAUUUCCCCACGCGCGCCAUGCAUAUCCAAAUUUGACUAAGUAUAGGAGUCACCCCCAUGACACGCAGAGAGGGGUGGGCUUCAUACCACCACCCCCAGGACGUGGCGAGGGGGGUGGACACCAUACCACCACCCCCAGGACGUGGUAAGGGGGGUGAUGGCCGAAUUUGGCUAAGGCAAAGAGUAUGGUAGCCACCUGAUGACUCGGUAUUUGCACAUGUUUUCCCCUUUGUUUCUUGAUUGUUUGAGCUUGAAUUAUUGCAUCUUUGUCCUAUUUUAUGCUAGGUUGUGUUCCUUUGUCCCAUUUCAGGUCCUAGCACAUAAAGUGAAGUAUAGGCGCAAGUUUCAAGUCAAUCAGAGAUCAAUUGACGAUUCGAGAGAGGAAACUCGGGCAUGACCUGAAGAAGAAUGGAUUUCUACCUCACUUUAUGGACAAAGAAGCAUGCAAACUUGUUAUGAAACGAAAGAGGACGAGACUACGAGCGUCUGGGAUCAAACGGCGACUGAUUCGGAGUCCGGACGAGAGAGAAACGAAACAUUAAACAGAGGCUGAGCAAGCUACACGGGCAGAGCAUAAAAUCUGCACGGCCGUGCAAGGUGAGCUGCACGGCCGUGUAAGGUGAGCUGCACGGCCGUGCAAGGUGAGCUGCACGGCCGUGCGGCCUGCCCGUGCAAGAAGCCUGGAAUUCAACUAAUUGAUGCGCUGCGUUUUGACUCGCACGGGCAACUGGGUGAGCCACACGGCCGUGCGGCCUGCCCGUGCAAGUCGGGAUUUUCUGCUUUUAAGCAGAUUUUCAGCCACAAGUCGAGGGGAUUCGAGUUUUUGAGGGAGAGAGCGAUUCCUAGAGAGAGAAAGCAACGAACAAGAGUCUCCAAGUGCCCUAGAUUGAUCUUCAACACCAUUGGAGGCCAGCUUGAGCUUGGAGAAGUGCCAAUCAACUUCCAGGAGCAGGAAUCCAUCCUUCACAGUAUGAAUUCCGCGUCUGAUUCUGCUUUUGCUUUCUUCUCCAUGGAGUAGUUCGCCCAUUCAUUUGGGUAUGGAGAACCCUAGAUUUGUAUAUUAGGCUUUGAUUGUAUGAACCCAAGUACUGAUUCUAUGAUUGAUUAUAUUCGAUUGAGGUUUGAUUGAUUGAAUGACUUGAAUCCUGAUCAAAUUCCUGUUGUUUCUGCUUUGACCUAGAAUGAGAAUAUCUGCCUAGGUUGAUAGAGCACCCUUGAUUGAAGAUAGGGAGUUGGUGACUUUAGUCGAGGAGCCAACUCACUAUUCUGUACCGGAUUCACUCCGGUAGUGGAGGUUUUGUUUGUUAAGGCCUCAAUCUGUUUACUCCGGUGGAGGUUAGUCGCCCGCUAGAGACUCAGAUUGAGAGGGUCUGAAGACCUUUAGUCGAGACUUCAGGCUGUUUAAGAACCUUCCGCAGUAUAACUUUCAUAGAAACUGAACUUGGUAAUUACAAUCCGGCUUAACUGCAGUCUAGGGGAACCAUAUCCGGGUGACCUCUCUUAACCUGAAUACAACAGUUUACUUGCU